GUAAACUUCUUAGCUCUAAGCUCUGUUUUCUGAUUUCAAAUUUGGCCGAGAGAGAAAGAAGCAGAGAAAGCUUUUCCCUUUCCUGAACCUCUUCUUCUUUUUCUCCCGCCUCCCGAACCCACAGCGCCGCCGAGAGGGGAGAGAAGCAUUGCCCCGCCGAUUCUCUCCCUUCUCUUUCUCAAUCUCUUUCUCUUUCUCUCCCCGUUCAAGAAGGAUAUCCUUUUUUGGGGAAAAGUGACUCAAAAGGAGGGAGGGAGAAAGAAAGGGUUGUUAUUCUAGCUUCCUGCGGGCGUGUGGGAAAUCAUGAAUGUGAUGCGUCGUUUCAAGAGCAUUGCUUCCGGUCUCUCCUCUGUUUCAGAUUCUGGAGGGGAUUUGACCAUAAGUAGGGUGAAAGAUGAAGAAGAAGAAGAAGCGGAGCUGCCGGUUGUAGUUAAACCUGAAUUAGAAGAACAUUGUGCUCCGGAUCACAAUACAGCUUCUACAUCUCAGGAAACUGCUGUAUCAAAUGUUGCUAGGCAUGAAAAAUCUGAAUACAUCAACGACCUUGAUGAUCAAGACAACAUAAAGGGUUUGGAGCCUUCAGUUGUUAGCGGUAAUGGAACUGAAGCAGGCCAGAUAAUAGUAACAACUGUGGGUGGUCACAAUGGACAACCGAAACAGAAGUUGUCUUACAUGGCAGAGCGUGUGGUAGGUUCUGGUUCUUUCGGAGUUGUUUUCCAGGCAAAGAGCCUUGAAACUGGUGAAAGUGUUGCUAUAAAGAAGGUGCUGCAGGACAAGAGAUACAAGAACAGAGAACUCCAGAUUAUGCGUUUAUUUGAUCAUUCUAAUGUUGUUCAAAUGAAGCAUUGCUUCUAUUCAACAACUGAAAAGAAUGAAGUUUACCUUAAUCUUGUCAUGGAGUAUGUUUCUGAAACUGUGUAUAGAGUUUCUAGGCACUAUAGCCGCAUGAACCAUCACAUGCCCACCAUAUAUGUGCAACUCUAUAUAUACCAGAUUUGUCGAGGCUUGAAUUAUAUACACAACGUACUCGGUGUAUGUCACCGUGAUAUCAAACCACAGAAUCUUUUGGUUAAUCCUCACACACAUCAGCUAAAGAUUUGUGAUUUUGGGAGUGCAAAGAUGCUGGUUCCUGGGGAGCCAAAUAUAUCAUAUAUUUGUUCUCGCUACUAUAGGGCUCCGGAGCUGAUCUUUGGAGCCACUGAGUAUACGGUUGCAAUUGACAUGUGGUCUGUUGGUUGUGUUAUGGCCGAGCUUCUCCUUGGACAGCCUAUAUUUCCGGGUGAAAGUAGUGUUGACCUGCUUGUAGAAAUCAUCAAGGUUUUAGGGACACCAAGUAGGGAGGAGAUCAAAUGCAUGAAUCCUAACUACAAAGAAUUCAAAUUCCCACAAGUCAAAGCUCAUCCGUGGCACAAGGUAUUUCAUAAAAGAAUGCCUCCUGAGGCAGUCGAUCUAGUAUCACGGCUGCUCCAAUACUCACCAACAACGCGGUGUAGUGCUUUGGAGGCCUGUGCACAUCCAUUCUUUGAUGCUAUAAGGGAGCCAAAUGCAUGCUUACCAAAUGGGAAACCUUUGCCUCCUCUCUUUGACUUCACUCCCCAAGAGCUUGCUGGUGCUCCGGCUGACCUCCGAAACCGUCUUAUUCCGGAACACCUCAGACAAUGAGAGAGGUUAGGUUGCUAGUCAAGUGAGGCCUUUGAUCAGCUACAUGUGGAAGAUCUCAAAGGACAGAUUAAUUUUAACCCUAGUCUCAGUUGAAGCGAGUCUCUAGCAUUAUUGAAUGAGAGUUUUUGUAUGUUCUCUCAUGUCCUUGUGCUCCUGCGGAUGCUCCAUUUCUACAGCUGGAUUGUAGAAGUGCAUAGAUUGAUUGACAUAGGAUUUUAUCUCAUUGUAUCCCUUGCUUAUCUUCACAGUUGUCUUAUAGGAAUUCCAAUUUUGAAUUCAAUCCUAGAAUGGUUAAUGGGUAAAAAGUAUUCACUAGUCCUCUCUUUACAUAUUGUUGUACAGCACUCAUCAUUUUUUAUGUACAUCUCUUGUUCGUUUCUUGCUUCAUAUAACACCUAUUUGUGUAUACCA